AGACCUGAGGGCAUUAUACUCUACCUUUAUAAUAAGGGACCUGAGGGCGUUAUACUGUACCUUUAUAAUAAGGGACCUGAGGGCGUUAUACUCUACCUUUAUAAUAAGAGACCUGAGGGCAUUAUACUCUACCUUUAUAAUAAGAGACCUGAGGGCAUUAUACUGUUCCUUUAUAAUAAGAGACCUGAGGGCGUUACACUCUACCUUUAUUAUAAGAGACCUGAGGGCGUUAUACUCUACCUUUAUAAUAAGAGACCUGAGGGCAGACCUGAGGGCGUUAUACUCUACCUUUAUAAUAAGAGACCUGAGGGCGUUAUACUCUAACUUUAUAACAAGAGACCUGAGGGCGUUAUACUUUACCUUUAUAAUAAGAGACCCGAGGGCGUUAUACUCUACCUUUAUAAUAAGAGACCUGAGGGCAGACCUGAGGGCAUUAUACUGUUCCUUAAUAACACGAGACCUGAGGGCGUUAUACUCUACCUUUAUAAUAAGAGACAUGAGGGCGUUAUACUGUACCUUUAUAACAAAGAGACCUGAGGGUGUUAUACUCUACCUUUAUAACAAGAGAGCUGAGGGCAGACCUGAGGGCGUUAUACUGUUCCUUUAUAACACGAGACCUGAGGGCGUUAAUGCGUUACACAGUACCUUUAUAACAAGAGAGCUGAGGACGUUAUACUGUACCUUUAUAACAAAGAGACCUGAGGGCACCUGA